AUGUGCUCUCCUGCCAGUUCCAAAAUCCUAUAUAGGAAUCCCCGGUUUCUGCGGUUGGCUUUUGUGCAGCUUCAUCACCAGCAACAGAGUGGUGUGUUCUGCGAUGUCCUUCUGCAGGCAGAAGGUGAGGCAGUUCCAGCCCAUUGCUGCAUCCUGUCAGCCUGCAGCCCCUUCUUCACAGAGCGCCUGCAGCGGGAGAGGCCAGCUCAGGGUCGGAAGGUGGUCCUGGAGUUGGGGGGCUUGAAGAUCAGGACACUCAGGAAGCUGGUGGACUUCUUGUAUACCUCAGAGAUGGAAGUAUCUCGAGAAGAAGCCCAGGAUGUGCUUUCUGCUGCCCGUCAGCUCCGUGUCUCUGAGCUAGAAUCCCUUCAGCUAGAGGGUGGGAAGUUGGUGAAGGCCCCCCCGGGCCGAAGACUGAACCGGGAGUGCUUACAACCUCCAAGUCCUGCACCAAUCUCUGCCAGGGUGGUGGCAUCCACCCGCCGCCCUCGGACUCCACUGCCUGUGACCCAGACUCCUUGUCCUCUUGGACUAGUGAGACUGAAGUCCUUGGGAAAGGAGGAGGGGCCCCUGGAGAAAAGCAACCAACAGAACGCAGAGAACUCGUCUGGCAAUCUUCUGCUCAAGAGGAAGGCCAGAGCUUGCCCAACUCCACAAGAAAAAAGCUCUUCACCAUCAAGCCACAGUCAAGGACCUAAAGAGAACAAGAGCGACUCUGCCCUUGCUCCUACAGCAGUUUCCCCGCCUGGUAUGUACCCCUCUGUGGAUGAGCGACUAUUGCCCAGAAAGAUCAGACUGAGUCGCUCAAAACCAUCUCCUGAUGUCUGUACACCCAAGCCUUCCAGCACUGUGAGUGGACCCAGCUCAGUACCGACAGCCCCUGGCCGGCGUCUUUGGCGGCAGAAGAGUAUAAAUAAAGGACCAGAAGACAAGGUGAAGCCAGGGAGAGCUAGUCCUCUCCAAAGCAUCCCAAGCCCAUCUGGUCUUGGAAACACAGGUGGGGACAAGAAGCGGAGCCCUGAAGUCAGGGCACCAAACUCAGACUCUGCAGAGGAGGGGCAGGUUGGAAGGGUGAAACUUCGGAAGAUUGUCAACGGGACGUGCUGGGAGGUGGUACAAGAGCCUCCCCUCAAAAACUCUCAAGAGAGCCCUCAGAUCCCAGAACCUGAAUGCUCGGAAGAGCCUGCAGGGACGCAGCCAUCCUCCGUGAACCAGCAGGAAAUGUUAUCUGCCAGAGUAGAUCUGUGUCAGGACUCCCCCGUGUGCUCCAGGCUACAAGAUCUCCUGCUCUCUGCUAGCCACUCCCCAGACCACCCAGUGGCAAAGUCUGAGUUUGGGUCCAGUCCAGAGCCGGUAGGGAAGGAGCCCGGGUUGGAUAUGGACUGCAGAGAGCACUAUGCGUUUGACGCAGCCCUGCUGGGGCAGCCGUGCGAGGCUGAGGAGUACCGCAUCACCAGUGCCGCUGCCACCAGUGAGCUGGAGGAGAUCCUGGACUUCAUGCUGUGUGGCUCAGACAUUGAGCCCCGCACAGCGUCUCUGGAGAGUCCUGGAGCCGAGGGCUGCAGGACCCCUAAUUAUCACCUGGCAGAUACAGGAAAGAACUGGAUCGAAGGGGAGGAAUGGUGUCUGCCAGACAUGGAACUCUGGCCCAGGGAGCUCACAGGAUUGGAAAAGGAACCUGUUGGGGAGAACAAAGAGCCAACAGAGCCCUUUAGCCCCCUUGUCAUGCCCUCUGAGAACAAAGAGCCAGAUAAGUCCCUCAGCCCCCUUGUCAUGCCCUCUGAGGUGAGUGAAGAGGGGGUACUUUCAGUAGGAAGCCCUUGGACUCCGGAUCUGGAAAUUACCAGUUCCCAGCCACUGGAUGGUCAGAGAGAGAAGCUUCUCCACAUUGACUCUCUUGACGUUCCUCAAAGGUCCUAUGAGGAUCUCUCACCCCCCUGUUCAAACUGGAUGGACGCUAGGCCGGAAGUGUCCCUAAGUAUGGAUGAGGUAUUAUACCCUGCUCCAGAGGCAGGCAAGGAGGAACUUGGCAACUCCGGAUCGUUGGACCCACUUCCUGCCAGCUCGGAAGAGGAAGAGAUUGAUGUUGUGGACUGGACGUCAGAGGGGAGGCUGGUGCCCACGGGUAUUCCUUCUGUGUGGCCCGACCCUUCCUCAGAGUCAGACACAGAGGUAGACAUACUAACGUAGAACAGGUAGUGCAGGUUAGCGGCAGGGGGAGGGUGGGAAAUGUUGACUAGCAAAAGGUGUAUUGGUAGAGGCUAGCACGGGCCCUGUCCCCUUAGCAGGAGAGGCGGGUGUACUCCCAGCUCUUGGUCGGUCCC